AUGGUGGCCGUGCAUCAUGCGGCCGUACCAACACGCCAAAGUUUUGCCCACCUGGUCCUGCCUGCUGGGCGGCAACCACCAUCCCUGACCGGUCUUGGGUUCACCAGCCCAUCGAAAUAUGGCCCCUCCACCUCUUGGCCACUAUCGAGCUAA